CGUUACCGUAUGCGGUAGUGGAUGAUAUCUGGGAUUGCUGGGGUGCUCUUUUACCAAUUGCAAGAGAGUGUCUAUUGAUCUAACUGAUAUUUCUGUGGUUUCAUUUAACCAUCAAUUCUAAUGAACGGUGUGGAAUUUAGUGCGACCACUUUUCUGGGUUUGUCGUGGAAUAUAAUUCUAGGUUUUUGCAACGACGUAAGCGGCUUGUUCAGUGCCCGAACAUCCAUAACUGUGGAUACAGACGACGUUCAAAUACAAAUACUAUUAUUUCUACUGAUUUGGUUGGUUAUUAACACUGUUCUAAUAGCCAUAUCUUGGUCAGUUUAUGGCACAAGGAUAUGUACAAAGAUUGACAAGAAAGACCUUGCUGAACAGUUUCCAUUUCCACCCAAUUUGGAAAGACAGUAAUACGAUAUCUCCUUUUCUGUCCUGUCUAACAUCUUACAAAAAUGGCUGCAAUCAAAAGAUUUUUUCAAAAGAGAAAACUUAAUGUCACCUUUAAAAGAGCUGGAGAUGGCCAUCGUCUUAGUGAGGAGAGUCGGCCAACACCCCGUACAGUGACGAGGGAACCUGUCCAAUCUGUGCCUCGACAAGAAACCUCCAGAGAAGCACAGAAGGCUGCUGAAGCUGCCUUGCUAAGAACUCAAGGUCAAAACACUAGGAAGUCAGCUGCAGUAUCUCAGAGGGCUAAGAUGAAGCAGGAGAUGGAAGCUGAGCUCAGACAACAGGAACAGACCAUAGCAGCGGGUGAGGCGGCUCGAGCUGGUCCAGCGAAGGUAGAGCUAGACAGUGCUCCUGUACUGUCCCAUAUUCUUUAUACCUGUCCAGACAUUGGCCCUGCAGUUCUUCCCAAGAAUGAAAUUUACAACUACAUUGAAGAGUUCCUCUUAAAGCAAAUCGGAGAGGAGCCAGAAAUGACUUCUGCCCUAAUGAUUCAUACACUCAACAAGGAUAAAGAGAAAGUAGGAAUUUGUAUUGAAACUUUGGUUAAAAUUCUAGGCAAUAUUAUAGCAAAUCCUGGUGAGGAGAAAUAUCGAAAGAUCAGAUUGACGACUAAAGCAUUCACAGAGAAAAUAGAUCCGUUAAAGGGAAGUAACGAGUUCCUACAAGCCGCAGGUUUUCAUAUUGUGUCUCAGCUGGUGAAUGGCACUGAGGAAAACUUUUAUGUAAUGGAUGAAGUUAUUGCACAGGAUUCCGAGAGACUUACUGGCCUGAAAGAAGUGUUGUUAGCAGCAGAGCCAAUCAAACCUCAACUGGACCGGGAUUUGAAAGUGUACCACCCCUCGCAACAGGCUUCCAAAUUCGACAUUCCAAAUGAAUUCUAUAACGUUAAUCCUGAGGAGAUCAAGAAAGAACAUCAGCGACGGCAAGAAGCAGUUGAAAAACUUGGCAUGUUACGCACCAAAGCCAUGCGAGAAAGGGACGAAUUACGGGAAUUAAGAAAGUAUCGCUUCACUCUUAUUCGAGUCCGAAUGACAGAUGGUAUGUUGUUGCAAGGAACAUUUAAGGCACAAGAAAAAGUCUCUGCGUUAUUCUCUUUUGUGAGAGAAAAUUUAGCAACUGAUUGGAUACCGUUUCAGCUUUUGUCUGUUGGUCAGAAACUUGAUGAAGAUAACACAUUUGCAGAGGCUGGAUUAGUGCCUGCUGUGGUGGUGACCUUCACUUUGGACCAGACAUUGGUGGCCGAUCUCAAGGCUCAGCAGGGAGCUGGAGCAGGAAGUGCAAUAUUGAAGCCAGAAAUUAUGACUCUCGUAGCGACAUUGUGAUAAAGUUCAGGAGUGGAAUA